AUGCUGAUGGCGCUGCUGCGCUUCUGUAGUGCUUCGGACAUGUUUGCAAAUGCACAUGUGGACGGCUUCUCUGCUAAACAGCCCAAGGUGCGCUACAGCUCCAACACCAUCCUAAUGAUCACUGGUGCGCAGUUCUGGUACGAGAGCGCGCGCAGGGAGCUGCAGCGGCGGGUGGGCGGGGCGGCCCCGCCCCUCGAGCGCGCGCGCAACGUGGUGCUGGUGGUGGGGGACGGCCUGGGACUGCCCACCCUCGCCGCGGCCAGGCUGCUGCGUGGCCAGCGGGAGGGGAGACUCGGGGAGGACACGUGGCUCGCCUGGGACCGCUUCCCCGCCCUGGCGCUCGCCAAGACGUACAACAGCGACGCGCAGGUGGGCGACUCGGCGGCCUGCGCCACGGCGCUGCUCAGCGGCGUGAAGGCGAACCACGGAACGCUGGGCGUGUCCGGGGCGCGCUUCAACCAGUGCGACGACGCCGGCCGGCCGGUGUCCUCCUUGCUGUCCUGGGCGCAGGACGAAGGGCUGGCGACGGGGCUGGUGACCAACACGCGGCUGACGCACGCCACGCCCGCGGCGCUGUACGCGCACGCGCGCAGCCGCCACUGGGAGGACGACGCCAAGGUGCCGGUGUCCUGGCGGAGGUCCUGCAAGGACAUCGCGCGCCAGCUGGUCGAGGACUCGCCCGGCCGCGACCUCAACGUGGUCCUGGGGGGCGGCGGGCGCCACUUGCGGGGCGGCGGCGGCGGCGGCGGCGGCGGCGGCGGCCGGCGCCUGGACGGCCGCGACCUGGCGGGCGACUGGCUGCGCGACAAGCGGCGCCGAGGCGUCGCGGCGCACAGCGUCUCCACGGCCGCGGAGCUGGCGCGCGUCAGCACGGACCACGUCGACUACCUGCUGGGGGUGUUCGCCGACUCCCACCUGAGCUACGAGGUGGACCGGCCGGCGCGCGAGCCCUCCCUGACGGAGAUGACGGCCGUGGCUCUGAGGCUGCUGCAGCGGAGUGACCGCGGCUUCUUCCUCUUCCUGGAAGGCGGCCGCAUAGACCACGCGAGCCACCUGAACAACGUGUACCGCGUGCUGGAGGAGACGCUGGAGCUGGAGCGAGCCGUGCUGGAGGUCCUCCGCAGGGUGAACGUCUCCGACACGCUGCUGGUGUUCACCUCCGACCACUCCAGCGUCCUGGCCUUCGGCGGCAUGGCCGUGCCCCGCGGAAACUCCGUCUACGGUACCGACGGCGCGCGCUCGGACGUGGACGGACUGCCCUACGCCACGCUGCAGUUCGGCAACGGGCCCGCGCCGCACCCGGCGGCGGGGCGCAGGGACCCGGCGCCGGCGGCCGCCGCCCCCCGCAGCUGGGCCACGCACGGAGGCGAGGACGUCCCCGUCUUCGCGCAGGGCCCGCUGGCCGCGACGCUGUUCGCCGGGGUGUUCGACCAGAGCUACGUGCCUCACGCCGUGGCCUACGCCGCCUGCCUGGGCGAGCACCGGCAGCGCUGCGCCGCGAGACGCCCGCCCGGCGACUGCGGCGACCCCGGCGACCCCGCCUCCUCCUCCUCCCGCCAGCGGCGCGGCGACCCCGGGGGACCCGCGACCUCCGCGGCGCCGGCGACUCUGCUGUCGGCGGCCGGCUGCUGCUUCUGCCUCGCAGUGCUCGCCGGGCUGGGCUCGUGA